CAUCCCUAGCGCACAGUUCAGAGAAAAAACGCAGAAAAUAGUCGAAAAUGUGUAUACAAAAAGUCUAACUAAGCGUUUUCAUGAGUGAUAAGGGCCCAGAGUUCAGUGCGAGACGUUCGAGCGGCCAGUGAGAGGCCAGGUUUAGUCACUUCCAUCCCGGAAUGGGUCGCGCAUCGUAGUUUUUCCUGCCUCAUCUGCUGGCGGAGAUUCGACUUUUGCUCCGCUGUAAAAGUUUUAGCUAAUCGCGGAUAACACGCAGCCCGUUGGAAGAUUGCCAAGGAGGAGGAGUCACCAUCAUGACGCUGGAGACGCAGCCCGUGGGCGGGGUGAGCGACGGCAAGAUCGCCGGACUGUACGACCUGGAGGAGACCCUGGGCUCCGGCCACUUUGCCGUGGUCAAGCUGGCCCGGCAUGUCUUCACCGGGGCCAAGGUGGCGGUCAAGGUGGUGGACAAGACCAAGUUGGACGAGGUGUCCAAGGCGCAUCUGUUCCAGGAAGUGCGAUGCAUGAAACUGGUGCAGCACCCGAAUGUCGUGCGACUGUACGAGGUUAUCGACACCCAGACAAAGCUCUACUUGGUCUUGGAACUGGGCGACGGCGGGGAUCUCUACGAUUACAUAAUGAAGCACGAAUCGGGGCUGAGCGAGGAGCUGGCCCGCAAGUAUUUCCGCCAAAUCCUACGUGCUAUCACGUACUGUCAUCAGCUGCACGUGGUUCACAGGGACCUAAAGCCGGAGAAUGUGGUGUUUUUCGAAAAGCUGGGCCUGGUUAAGCUCACCGACUUUGGCUUCAGCAACAAGUUCUCGCCGGGCCAAAAGUUGGAGACCUUCUGCGGCAGUUUGGCCUAUUCGGCUCCGGAGAUUCUACUAGGCGAUUCUUACGAUGCGCCUGCUGUGGAUAUUUGGUCCCUGGGCGUCAUCCUGUACAUGCUAGUCUGCGGUGUGGCUCCUUUCGAGAAGGCCAACGACUCGGAAACCCUCACCAUGAUCAUGGACUGCAAGUACACGGUGCCCGCGCAUGUGUCCACCGAUUGCCGGAACCUCAUUGCUUCGAUGCUGGUAAGGGAUCCCAAGAAGCGAGCUACUGUAGAGGAGAUUGCCUCCUCCGCCUGGCUAAAGCCAAUCGAUGAGCCCGAUUCCACUAGCUCCUCCGUAACCACGGAGCACUUUCUGCCUUUGGUCAGCCGCGAGCAGCUGAGCGAGGAGGAUCACGCCUUUAUCAUACAGAAAAUGAUAAACGGAAAUAUUGCGUCCAAGGAAGAGAUAUUGCAAGCUCUCGACAAGAACAAGUACAAUCACAUAACAGCCACGUAUUUCCUGCUGGCGGAAUUACGGCUGCGGCGGCGGCGAGAGGAGCAGGCCCAAAAGCAGAGGCUUCUCAACGAUCCCAGCAUAAAAGCUGGAGACGUGAGUCGCAAGCCCGUGCCUGAGAAACCGAGCCCCACAGGAGGAGUACCCAUCAGCAUUAACGUGACUCCGGCGGCACAGUUCGCCAACGACGAUGGCAAGCCGGACAAGCGCAGUCGCAAGUGCAGCAUUGUGCGUGAGGAGGACGAGGAGGAGUCCGCCACCGAGUGCUCGGGCAUAGGCAAUGAAUUGAAGGCCCCCUCCGAUGGCGUCUUCGGUAGGUCAACGCAUGAGCGUUCCAGCUCCGAGCCCGGCAAUCAAAUGCCCAGCCAUUCGCGCACAAAGAUCGUGGUCUCGGUGGAUGCGACGCUGGCCCAAAAGCUCAAGCAGAUGGAGAAGAUAGAUGCCAAGUUAGAUGAGGACACGCUGAGUGGCCUCAAGGAGCUGGAGAUUGGCAAGCUGAAGCCGCUGCCCAGCAAUAGCAAGAAUCCGGUGCUCACGCAUCGACGCACAAAGCUGAACAAGAUCAGGACGCCCUCGUGCAGCAGUUCCGAGGCCUCCGACGAUGAUACGAAGACGCGCAACAAGAAGAAAAUCAACAAGUUCGUGGGCGACACGCCAGUGCGAUUCCGCAUGCAUCGGCGGGACUCGCACGACGACUCCAGCGACUCGCAGGAUCAGCUGUAUCCGCCGCCCGGCUCGGCCAGCAAUGCGGGCAAUUUUAUCACCAAGAGCGGCUCCGUAAGUGGCAAAAAAGAAGGACAAUCGCAGUAUAAAGAGCCAAAUAACAAAUCCGAUGAAAAUCGCAAAUCUCACACACAAAAAACCCGGAAACAGCACAAGGAUCAUGUUGACAAGCAUUCCCAUGCUGAAAAGCAGCAGGCGGCAGGCAGCUCCUCGAGUAGAAGGCGUCGUAUUCGCGAGAGUCAGUCGCUCGAUCGCAUCACUGAGGCUCAGGAGUACGAGAUGCGCAACCGCUGCUAUGCGGAGAGCGAGGCGCCCUCCUCGUCGUCCUCGUCCACCCAACAUAUCGAUCAGAGGUACUCUCUGCACAGCCUGAACACUAGCACAUUCUCCGUUGCCGAAACCAAGGAGGAGUACGACGACGAGGAGCUGGACGCCGCCGAUGCCACGGACCAAAUCAUGAACACUUUGAAUGCAGCCAAAGCUACGCUUCAACAAGAGCAAUAUUUUAAUAACAAUACCAAUCUUAGUAGGAACUUCAAUCACAAUUGCAACCAUAACAACAUCAUCAACAUCGGCAGCCAGCAGAAGGGCAACGGCAAAAAGUCCAACGAAACACCAAAAGAUAUUUAUAAUCUGAACUCAAUCGAGCAGAUCGACUUGAUUUUGGAGGAUAAAAGCCUUACCAAAGCAAUACACGUUACCGGCUCUAAAUGCUUUGUUACCAUGAAGAAAAUCCGACGGCUGGGAAAGUACUUUCCCAUGAUGAACUUCUCUUAAUAGACACAGUUACUUCAUUGCAAAGUGCAUUCUAAAUAUUAAAAGAAAAGGAAAAACUCGGUUAAGCGAACUACGUAGAAAAUAUGCAUGUAUUAAUUAAAAAAACGUAUAAACGUCAACGUUAUCCCCCGUAUAUAGGAAAGCGCGCGAGAAUAUUUAAAUUUAGUGGUAGCGUAAUUGUUUUGUCUGUCGUCGUCAUUACGCUUAAAUUAUUCUAAAUAUAUUAAUUUAUGUAUAAUUGUAAGUUCCCGAUUAAACUAUUACACUUUAUAAA